AUGGAGGAACAAGAGGCAAUUGAGAAGAAGGCUAUGAUUCAAUUCGAGCUAGACAAGAUUAUUGUCAAGCUUCGUGAAAUCGAAAAAGGUCUUCUUAAGAUCUAUGAGAAUGGUUUUAAGAGAGUUGUGAGUCAAGUUGUUGUCCUAAGUCUUGGGACUGCCUUGUUUGAUUUUGAUAUAAAAAAGAAAGUCGUGGAUGGAAAAAUUAUUAAUGAUGAAUAA